AUGUCAGCCAUAAAUUCAACCCAGCAAGUCUUAGACAAUAAGGAGCCUACUAUAGGCAAGUGGGUCUGCCAGUUAUUAGUUGCAGAAGGAGUCAUUGGUGUCUUCGGAAACCUCUUAGUGUGCUUGGUCAUUCUACGCGUCAGAUUCCUACAUAACAUGACGAACUAUCUGCUGGUGAAUUUGGCAGUGGCGGAUAUGUUGCUGUGCCUAGAGUUAUACUUGCUGCCACUUACAUUGAUGAGUUGGGCCUACUACAAGAUACAAGUCACUCUCAAACGACAAGCAAAAGCCCUGAACCUGCGACAUGCAAGGGCAGCAGCCUAUGAUCUUGUGAUUGCUAGACAGCGUCUGGUCAGCAUGCUUACAAUCGUCUUAGGAGCUCUCAUCAUCCUGUGGACACCAAUUAACAUAACUUUUCUUGUCUGCUUCGAUCCAACAGACAAGGGUCCUUUUCCUUUUUGUGGUUCAAAAGGAUUCAAGUACUUCAUGACAAUUACCGUUUUUUUGCUUUAUUUCAAUUCAGUCAUUAAUCCCAUCAUCUAUGAGUUGAAAUACAAAAAAUUCCGACAAGGACUCAAGCUAACUUUUUGUUGCUGUCACAAAAGCCAUGGAGCUAACACAGUUGACAUUGCGAUGGUUCCCCUAUGACUGCAGUUCGCAUUGGUUAUAUUCUACAAGUUCACCAUUUCUUAACUAUGUAGGAUAGUACAGUGUAGCAUAGUAACUUACCAAUCAGCCAGCACUGAUUUAUUCCACCAAUGAGUAAAUGUUGAGCUUAUGUUCAACAUACAAAAUUGUUACC